CUCCAUCACAAACCGUAGCGAUACUUCCAGAGAGCGGACACAUACACGUAUACGGGGACCCAGCAUAUAGCACCACCCCUCGAACCUCGAACUUUUUGGACAUACCGCCGCCGGGAAACAUGCUGCAACAUUUGGCGUUGCUGCUUUUAUUAGUGGCUACUUUGGCUCUGGCUUUGGAGGUGCCCACCGAUGGAUCUGUGGGUCUGCUAGCAGAGCCCCAGGUGGCCAUGUUCUGUGGGAAGCUCAACAUGCACAUCAACGUGCAGACUGGCAAGUGGGAGUCUGACCCCAGUGGGACCAAGAGCUGCAUCGGCACCAAGGAGGGGAUCCUGCAGUACUGCCAGGAGGUGUAUCCAGAGCUGCAAAUCACCAACGUGGUGGAGGCUAACCAGCCGGUGACUAUCCAGAGCUGGUGCAAGAAGGGGCGAAAGCAGUGCCGCAGCCACCCUCACAUCGUGGUGCCCUACCGCUGCCUGGUGGGAGAGUUUGUGAGUGAUGCCCUGCUGGUUCCUGAGAAGUGCAAAUUCCUCCAUCAGGAGCGUAUGGAUAUGUGUGAGAGCCACCUGCACUGGCACACCGUCGCCAAGGAGUCCUGUGGUGACCGCUCGAUGAAUCUUCAUGACUACGGCAUGCUGCUGCCCUGUGGGAUUGACCGCUUCCGUGGCGUGGAGUUUGUGUGCUGCCCCUCCGACGCCAACCAACUGGACUCCACUGAGCUGGAGGAGGACGAUUCGGACGUCUGGUGGGGUGGUGCCGAUGCAGACUACACUGACGGCAGUGAGCCCCGGGAGGUGGAGCUAGAAGACCCUGAGGAGGCAGACCCAGCACUGGGUGAAGAUGACGAGGAGGAUGAUGAUGAGGGAGAAGAAGAGCCCGAGGGAGACCCCAACGAGCGCACCACCAGCAUCGCCAUGACGACCACCACCACCACCACCACCGAGUCUGUAGAGGAGGUAGUCAGAGAGGUGUGCUCCGAAGAGGCUGUGACUGGGCCAUGCCGUGCCAUGCUCCCUCGCUGGUACUUCGACCUGGCCAGCGGUCAGUGUGUCCAGUUCAUCUACGGUGGCUGUGGCGGCAACCGCAACAACUUCGAGACGCAGGUGUACUGUCUCUCGGUGUGCGGCAGCGUGCUGCCAACUACAGCUGCUAGCACCCCCAAUGCAGUGGACAAGUAUCUGGAGACUCCUGGUGAUGAGAACGAACACGCUCACUUCCAGAAGGCCAAGGAGAGCCUGGAGGCCAAGCACCGGGAGAGGAUGUCUCAGGUCAUGAGAGAAUGGGAGGAGGCAGAGAGGCAGGCCAAGAACAUGCCACGGGUUGACAAGAAGGCUGUCAUCCAGCACUUCCAGGAGAAGGUAGAGUCUCUGGAGCAGGAGGCAGCGAGCGAGCGGCAGCAGCUGGUUGAGACUCACAUGGCGCGUGUGGAGGCCAUGCUGAACGACCGCAGGCGCAUCGCCCUCGAGAACUACCUCACUGCACUGCAGGCCGAUCCCCCAAAGCCCCGUCAUGUUUUCAACCUCCUGAAGAAGUAUGUGCGUGCCGAGCAAAAAGACCGACAGCACACACUCAAGCACUUUGAGCACGUCCACAUGGUCGACCCCAAGAAGGCUGCCCAGAUCCGACCCCAGGUUUUGACUCACCUGCGGGUGAUCGAGGAGCGAAUGAAUCAGAGUCUAGGACUGCUCUAUAAGGUGCCCGGCAUUGCAGAAGAGAUCCAGGAUCAAGUGGAUGAGCUGGUAAAGAAGGAGCAGGAUGAGGUGGAGGAGCAGCUGUCAGCCCUGCAGAGCGAGCCUCGGGUCAGCUACGGGAAUGAUGCCCUCAUGCCCUCAUUAACAGAGAGCCGUACUGCCCCCAUCGACAUGCUGCCCUCCGAGGAGGGAGGCAUCGGCAUGGACGGGCUGGGAUACAUACACCCCGUUGGCUUCAUGCCCGUCAACACCGAGAACGAAGUGGAGCCUGUGGAUGCUCGACCUGCUCCUGACCGAGGACUCACCACCCGGCCAGGCUCCGGCCUCACUGGCGUCAAGAUGGAUGAGAUCCCUGAAGUGAGGAUGGAGGCAGAGGUCCGACUCAACUCUGGAUAUGAGGUGCACCACCAGAAACUGGUUUUCUUCGCAGAAGAUGUGGGCUCGAAUAAAGGAGCUAUCAUUGGGCUCAUGGUGGGAGGUGUUGUCAUAGCAACGGUCAUUGUCAUCACCUUGGUGAUGCUGAGGAAGAAACAGUACACCUCCAUCCAUCACGGUGUGGUCGAGGUGGACGCAGCAGUGACCCCUGAGGAACGCCACCUCUCCAAGAUGCAGCAGAACGGUUACGAGAACCCCACCUACAAGUUCUUUGAGCAGAUGCAGAACUAGGGCCCCUUCCCUCACCUCCCCACACCUCCCUCUUUCCCUCAACCCAAAUCAUACCCCCCACCUUCCAAAAACACAGUGCAGAACUAGAAAAUGUACUUACUUCCCUAACCCUUACCCUUUAAAUAAUUGUUCCUUCUUUACCUAACCCUUAAAUGGCCUCAACCUACAAAACACAAACUACCAUUUAAUAAGUGUAACAGCAUUUAAAAUGUAAUUCACUUCAGUAUGUACUAACAGGAAUACUAACAUUUUCCCACAUUAAUAUUCCACUGCUUGGCUACACGACUAAUUCAACAUUGCACACAUGCAUUCACUAGCUGUUUCUGUUACACACUGCUGUGUGAAGACUUAUUACAGGACACUUAAAGUUCAUCCCUAAUCACCAAAGCCCUACCUACUACCAGUCUUUUCUAAUCUCCAUACCCUGCACUUGUAUUCCAUGCCGAACAGAACGUACAUUUCUAUUCCCUUAGUAUUUGCAUUCAGUUAUUUUAAAGGAAGAAAAACUAAAUGUAAACUUUCUUUCCCUCUCUUUCGGGUGGCAGCUGUGCUGUGUGUUAGACGCUUGGAUGACAGAGGGUUCCUCGUGAAAUGUACUUUUCAGCGAGCUUUUUGUUGUUUUUUUCUCUCCAAAAAGAAAAAAGGCGACACGCUGAAAUUGAAUGUUUUUUAUUUCUGUGUAAUGUAUAAAUAAAUAAGAUAGCUGUAACUAUUUAGUGCAUGACGAUAAUUACAAAGAAAAAAACAUAAAAAUGUGUUCUGCUAUUUUAAGAUGUAGAGACUGUGUUAGCAGGAUUGUAAAGUUAGUAUCUUGUGAUCACGUGAUUUUAAACAAAAUGAGAAACAUGCUUUAAGAUCAAAUCAGUUCAGUUCUGUGUCCAGGCUUUGUCUUCCAUGUCGGCUCUCUUCCUCCUGGUGUCGGAGGCUAUUUUUAUUUUUAAAUUCACAUUUUUAUUUUGGCUUACUAUGCAUUGUGAGAAACUACCGUUGAAGUUCCUUACAACUUUUUUUUUUUUUUUCAGGUUUAUUUUUAAAUUCUAUUAAUAUUUUUUUUUUUGUGUAGUUGCAUUCAUGUAAAGGUGGUGGUUGCUGCUUUUUCUGUGUUUAUGAUAUUAAAAAGUACAGGAAUAGAAAAAAAAAAAAAAAAAACCUUGCUGUUUUGGAAUGUUUUCGGUGCGUUUCUUUGCUCUCACGCCUCCAGCACGGGGUUGAGACGUCUGCAUGGCCUGGUGGAGAGGGAUGAAGGAACAGCAUCUCUCUCUCUCCUCACUGCCAGGUUGCUGGUAUCACUUGUUGGGUCCUGUAACAGCAGAGAGAGUGUAGGAAUAGCUACAGGCUGGUAGAAGUGGGGAUCACAGGGCAGGCAGGCUGUUCAACACCUUUCCAUUCUGUACUCUUUUUUUUUUUUUUUUCCUUUGUAUGAUGUUGAGGUUUGUUGUGUUUGUUUUUAAUAGAUGUAUAUUUCGAGGAGUCCCUGUUAAUUCUGUAGUACCUUUUUGAAGUUUGGGAUGUCGGGGAUGAGUGAGGGAGCCUGACUGUCUAAGGUAUCCUCUCAGGCCAGUUUUAUUGUUCCACAGAAUGGUUAGUGUCCUGUGGGAGAAAUGCCAGUGUGCAGUUCAUUCAAUCAAGCACUCUGCACAUCCAUUUUGGCCUAAAUUGCGCUGAAAGAAAUUUUUUUUUCAACAUCUUACUAAUGAGGAUCAAAGUCAAAUUCUGUUUUGGUAAGAAUGCCAAAGGCCUGAAGUUGACCAGACUUUUCAGCCGGAGUGAUUCUAUUGAAGACAUUCCUAACCGCAAACAAAGACAAGAAACACAGCUCUGGAGAUUUGUGGUUUUGUAAACUCCACACCUGCAGUAUUAUUGUGUUUCUUAACCAGUUAAUUCCUGCAGGUUCAUGCCAUCAGGUUGAGUUAGAAGCUGUUCUAAUUCGAUUCUCAAAAGGGGUGUGUCUCCUUUUUUUGUUUUUUUGCCAGUCGGGACUGUCCCAAAGUUCAAAGUGGUGUGGAUAAUAUAUACCUAACCAAUGUGCUUCUGAUUGUGAUGGUUUUAUUUUGGCUAGCUUUUGUUGCAGGAAAUUGAUUGCUUAUAAAUUUGUAUUCGUGGAUGACAAUAGACGACAAGGAAAAAUAACUCAAGUUUCUUCAGGCCCAGAUACUGCUGAUCUAAAAGGGUUCAGUAGUAGACCCCAUUCAACCCCGGCCUUGAUAAUCCUGGGGUGUACAAUAUACAAGCGCCAACCCUGUUCAACCACAGCACAGGGAUCAAACGGAACACGGCCUCACCUCCGCACAUAGGUAUUAGUUUGUUAUUUACAGUUUAUACUGAGGACUGGCCACUGUAUUUUAGGAACUUUGUUAUUUCUCUUAUUAAAUCCAUGAAUGGAAUUUCUUCAAGCCCCCUAUCCCCGACCCUCAGUGGAACAGGCCUGCAGUGGUUUGCGCUGGCUCUGGGUUCAGAAUAACUAGUAGGGACUCGCAAAUAAUAAUUUUUUUCUUCUUCUGUGGGACUGUACAAACAUUGCUUUGAUUCAGAAAGCUUUCUACACUGUAUUACAUAAAUAAACUUUAAAGGAAAAA